UCCAAACGCCCCCCCGGCCGCCUGUUUCCGUCUUCGCUCCGAACAACCCUUCUCGCUCGCAGAGAGAUCGGAUCGGAGAGGGGGGAGAGAGAGAGAGACGGAGAGAGAGAAAUGGUGGCAGGAGGCAACAUGCAGUAUAAUAAUUUGGGGAGAUCGGGGCUGAAGGUGAGCCAAUUGUCGUACGGAUCAUGGGUGAGCUUCGGGAACCAGCUGGACGUGAAGGAAGCGAAGGCACUCCUCCAGUGCUGCCGCGACCACGGCGUCAACUUCUUCGACAACGCCGAGGUCUACGCCAACGGCCGCGCCGAGGAGAUCAUGGGCCAGGCCAUCCGCGAGCUCGGGUGGCGGCGCUCCGACCUGGUGAUCUCCACCAAGAUCUUCUGGGGCGGCCCCGGCCCCAACGACAAGGGCCUCUCGAGGAAGCACAUCGUGGAGGGCACGCGGGCGUCGCUGCGCCGUCUCGACAUGGAGUAUGUCGACGUCAUCUACUGCCACCGCCCGGACGCGGCCACCCCCAUCGAGGAGACGGUGCGGGCGAUGAACCACGUCAUCGACAGGGGCUGGGCCUUCUACUGGGGGACCAGCGAGUGGUCCGCGCAGCAGAUCACCGAGGCCUGGGCCGUCGCCGGCCGCCUCGACCUCGUCGGACCCAUCGUCGAGCAGCCCGAGUACAAUCUCUUCUCCCGUCACAAGGUUGAAGCCGAAUACUUGCCUCUUUACAGCACCUACGGCCUGGGCCUUACCACAUGGAGUCCUCUAGCUUCUGGGGUGCUUACUGGCAAAUACACCAAAGGGAACAUUCCACCUGAUAGUCGAUUUGCCUUGGAAAACUACAAGAAUCUGGCUAGCAGAUCAUUGGUAGAUGAUGUGCUUAGAAAAGUUAACGGACUGAAACCAAUAGCGGAUGAGCUAGGUGUACCUUUAUCUCAACUUGCAAUUGCUUGGUGUGCGUCGAACCCCAAUGUUUCGUCAGUAAUUACUGGUGCCACUAAGGAGAGUCAGAUAAUAGAGAACAUGAAAGCUCUUGAUGUAAUUCCUCUUUUGACACCUGAUGUGCUUGAGAAGAUUGAUGCAGUUGUUCAAAGCAAGCCCAAGCGUCCAGAAUCAUACAGGUAAAUUCACAACCAAUUCCAGUAGACCCUAUCUUUUUUGACUUUUGAUUCAUGAUAGAGUGCAUCUGAGAAUGUAUCAGACCUGAGAAUGUUUUUUCUGUUGGGAUUGGUCUUGUUAAGAUGAUUAAAAACAUUGGAUUUGUGUUGUUGACAUUAUGACAUUUUUAUAGUACUUGAAGCCUGAUAUGGAAGGGCAGUUUGAGAUUAUUUUUAUGAUGCAGAUUUCUGAA